AUGAUGGUCACAGCAAGAGCUCCCUGGGGCUGGCUUGUGGGGUACCUCGUCUUUGGGGUCACAGGGUCCCUCGCCUCCCACAGCCACAGCCACGGCCAGAUCAUCAACGGGGAGGACUGCAGCCCCUACUCACAGCCCUGGCAGGCAGCUCUGUUCGCCGACGACGAAUUCUUCUGCUCGGGCGUCCUGGUGCAUCCGCAGUGGGUGCUGUCGGCUGCUCACUGCAUACAGAGCUCCUACACCAUCGGGCUGGGCCUGCACAAUCUGGAGGCCGAACAGGAGCCAGGCAGCAGGAAGCUUCAGGCCUCGCUCUCCAUCCAGCACCCUGACUACAACCACCCCUUUCUGGCCAACGACCUGAUGCUCAUCAAGCUGAAUGAAUCCGUGGUUGAGUCCCACACCAUCCGGAGUAUAGCCGUGGCGACCCAGUGCCCCAUCCCUGGAGAAUCAUGCCUGGUCUCCGGCUGGGGUCUGCUGAGGAACGGCAGACUGCCCAGCCGGCUCCAGUGCGUGAACAUCUCAGUGGUGUCAGAGGAGCAGUGUAAGGAGGUCUUCUCGCCUGUGUACCACUACAGCAUGUUCUGUGCCGGCGGAGGACCAGAUGGCAAGGACUCCUGUAACGGUGACUCUGGGGGCCCCAUCGUCUGCAACCAACACCUUCAGGGUCUCGUGUCUUUGGGACUGGACAAGUGCGGCCAGCCCAGUGUACCAAGCGUCUACACCAAUCUGUGCAAGUUCACCAACUGGAUAAUGAAAACCAUCCUGACCAGUUAG